AUGUGUGCUGGCGGUGCUGGCGAGGGCGACGGCGGGGGCGAGCUCUUCCUGCCUCUUCCUGAAGGUGGAGGAACGCCUGCCUCUGGGGACCAUCGCAGCCAGCAAGGAGGUAGUGAGCUGCAAACGGUGUCGACCCGGCUUGCGUGCGGUGCUGUCUGUAUGAGUGUGGGUUGCCAGGCCUACACCUUGAAGGACCAGCUCUGCACCGCCCUCAUCAACGUCUACGAUCUCAUUUACACAGCAGCUGACCAGAGCCUGCGCGUUUAUGCAUCCGAGGAACUCCUUCUGACUACCUCGACAACCAGUACCUCAACUUCAACCUCAACUACUUCAACUACAACGGCAACCACAACCAUUACUACCAGUACUUCCUCGGCUCCUUCUACCACAUCAACUACCACAGCGCCGCGAGGAUGCCUCACCACCUCUAUAACAUAUGAUGACCGUGUCCUUGAGGGUCCUUCAGGCAGUCUCCUGGUGGACAACACAACCUUCUACGUAAACGACCAAGACUGCUCGUGGAGAAUCAUCGUCGCCGACGGCUAUCUCGUCAACAUCACCUGGCUGAGCUUUGACGUCGAACCUUCCUAUGAUUCAGUGGCAGUGGCGGAUCCUUGCUUGCCGUACGACUAUUAUGCGUGGGAAUACUACGACGGCGUCACCCUUCCUCCAAACAUGUUAUCAACAAGCAACCAAAUGGUGAUUCAUUUUUCUUCGGACAGUUCGGUCAUCUACCCUGGCUUUUCGCUCGCGUACGAGGCGGUCAACUCUACAGUAUAA